UGCUGCAUGCGCGCGCGGUUAGUGAGUGAGUGGUCCUGAUGAGAGUGUGUGCGCUGCCUGCCGACGAGGAGGGAAACUGGACGAGAGGCUGUGGCGCCAGGACGCACGGGACCACGGCGGAUCAGCGGCGGAGACGGUCCAUCAUCGACCUUACAAUGGACAUUUCGAACACUAAAGCUGUUUGUGUGAGGAAGAGGACUUUAUAGGUUACGCUCAAAGAAGAGACUGCUCUGGUUUGUUUGACGCAGGCAUUUGAUAAAGUGGUGUCUCAAACGAGUGUAACGAGAAACGGACCAUCACAACAGCACGAAGUUGAAAUUACAGGCGCAUUUGUAGUGUUUGUGGGGUUAGAACUAAAUAAUGUUGUCGUUUUUGUUUAUUUUGAUGCCCACGGGGGCGCCUUCUCUCGAGACUUUACUCAGAUCGUAGGGAUCCUGCCCCGCAACUUGCUCUUUUUAUAUUUAACUCAAAGGGAUUUUGCCCAGUUUGUCCUCUUUAGCUUAGUUUGUAAGAUAUGCGCCUUAUCAAUUUUUAAUUCUUAUGCAUCCGCACGAAGACCGGAGAGGACAGACGCGAAGGGAACACGAGGAGCAGCGGAGAGAAUGAAGGGAGCACACUGAGCAAGAAGAGGACAAGGAAUCAAGGAUCACCGUGGGGAGGGUGUGAGCUGGAGAGGUGUACCCCACUCACCUGUGCCCGUCAUCAGCUGUAGCCCCGCCCUCUUCCUCCUCGCUCAUCAGCCUCAAACAUGGCUCUCACAGUCUGGUUCAUCUUCACCUGCGCUGUGGUUUUCAGCAACGUCAGCCCCUCAUCUCAAGCUCUGAGCCGGUCAAUGAUGCCCUUCGGCCUAAUGCGACGCGAGCUGGCAUGUGAAGGCUACCCUAUCGAGCUGCGCUGCCCAGGGAGUGAUGUCAUCAUGAUCGAGACGGCCAACUACGGACGCACGGACGACAAGAUCUGUGACGCCGACCCUUUCCAGAUGGAGAACACCCAGUGCUACCUGCCUGAUGCCUUCAAGAUUAUGUCCCAGAGAUGUAACAACCGUACACAGUGUGUGGUGGUAGCGGGCUCGGACGUCUUCCCGGACCCUUGCCCUGGAACCUACAAGUAUUUGGAGAUCCAGUACGAAUGCGUCCCAUACAUCUUUGUUUGUCCCGGGACAUUGCUGCGCGUCCAGGCUGCCAGCUCUCAACAGGAGGCGGAGCAUCAAGCGGGGGCGUGGUGUAAAGACCCGCUGCAGUCUGGAGAUCGCCUCUACGUCAUGCCGUGGACGCCUUACCGCACCGAUGUGUUGUACGAAUACGCGUCAUGGGAGGACUUCAAACAGACGCGAGCCACCACCACCUACAAGUUGCCAAACAGAGUGGAUGGCACCGGCUUUGUGGUGUACGACGGAGCAGUGUUUUACAACAAAGAGAGAACAAGGAACAUAGUAAAGUACGACCUACGAACUCGCAUCAAGAGCGGAGAGGCCAUCAUCACCAACGCCAACUACCACGACACAUCCCCAUACCGCUGGGGAGGGAAGUCCGACAUCGACCUGGCCGUGGACGAGAACGGGCUCUGGGUCAUCUACGCCACCGAGUCCAACAACGGCAGACUGGUGGUCAGCCAGGUCAAUCCUUACACCUUACGUUUUGAGGGCACCUGGGAGACGAGCUUUGACAAGAGAAUGGCGUCCAAUGCAUUCAUGGCGUGCGGGGUCCUCUACGCGGUGCGCUCGGUGUACCAGGACGACGACAGUGAGGCCGGAGGAGAUCUCAUUCUAUACGCCUACAACACCAACCGUAACCGCGAGGAACCGGUCAGCAUUCCCUUCCCAAACCCAUACCAGUACAUCUCCUCCGUGGACUACAACCCGCGGGACAAUCAGCUGUAUGUGUGGAACAACUACAAUGUGCUGAGAUACCCGCUGGAGUUUGGACCCCCAGACCCCACUACAGGUCCUCUGACUACCACCCAAGUCACCACAACUCUCCCAGCGAGGCCUUUCUCCUCCAGCGCCAGCCCCUCCACGGCCCGCCCCAUUGCUCCGACCUCUCGACCAAUCGGAUCCAUCAACAAGCACCCCGACUUGCGACCAAUCACAGCCACAGUCCCGGUCACCCGCCGCCCCUCCCAUCCUCCGCAGGGCCCCGAGCUGUACCUCUGCGAGCCCAAGAUGGUGCGCGGUGUCCAGUGGCCUGCUACACUGAGAGGGGAGACCGUGGAUCGACCAUGCCCCAAAGGAUCGCUAGGCAUUGCUUCAUAUCAGUGUUUGGCCGACCAAGUCAUCUGGAACCCACGAGGCCCUGACCUGAGCAACUGCACCUCUCCAUGGGUCAACCAGGUGGCCCAGAAGAUAAAAAGUGGUGAGAACGCGGCCAACAUCGCUGGAGAGCUGGUGAACCACACUCGGAGCAGGAUCCAGGCCGGAGACGUCAGCUCCUCUGUGCGCCUCAUUGAGCAACUCCUGGACAUUUUAGACGCUCAACUCCAAGCCCUGAGACCUGGCAACAAAGACCUCGCAACGCGCAACUACAACAAGCUCCAAAAGCGUGAAAGGACGUGCCGGGCCUACAUCCAGGCUGUGAUUCAAAUCGUGGAUAACCUUUUGCGUCCUGAAGCGCUGGAGUCGUGGCAGGACAUGAACAGCACAGAGCAGGCGCACACUGCCACUAUGCUGCUGGACGUCCUGGAGAAAGGGGCCUUCCUGUUAGCCAACAACAUGUAUGCUAACUACUUCACUGACCACGCCCCCAGCAUCGAUUUAGAAGUCCACGUUCUCAACACAGAGAUGGAGCUUCAGGACUUAUCUUUCCCUCAAAACUACGCCAGCGACAGUGCCAUCCAGCUCUCCGCUUCUACAAUCAAACAGUACAGCCGCAACGGGCAAGUGAAGGUGGUGUUUCUGCUCUAUAAAAACCUGGGAUCAUUCCUGUCGACGGAGAACGCUACAGUGAAAAUGGAAAUGGAGUCGAACCAUGACCGGAGGAGGCUGGCAGUCAAUUCUCACGUGAUAGCGGCGUCCAUAAACAAAGAGUCCAGCAGAGUGUUCCUCACCGAGCCAGUGGUCUUCACAUUACGACACUUGCAGAUGGACAACUACCACACCCCAAACUGCUCAUUCUGGAACUACUCUGAACGCUCCAUGACGGGACAGUGGUCGUCCCAAGGGUGCAGGCUGCUCAGCUCCAACAGCACCCACACCACCUGCUCCUGUAGCCACCUCACCAAUUUCGCCGUGCUCAUGGCCAGCCACGAGCCAGACUACCAGGGCCGCAUGCAUGAGCUGAUUCUGUUCGUCAUCACCUGGGUGGGUAUAGUCAUCUCGCUGGUGUGCCUGGCCAUCUGCAUCUCCACCUUCUGCUUCUUGCGCGGACUCCAGACUGACCGGAACACCAUCCACAAGAACUUGUGCAUCAACCUCUUCAUCGCAGAGCUGCUCUUCCUCAUCGGCAUCGACAAGACUGACUAUCAGAUCGCCUGUCCCAUCUUUGCUGGCCUGCUUCAUUUCUUCUUCUUGGCCGCCUUCUGCUGGAUGUGUCUGGAAGGAGUGCAGCUCUACCUCAUGCUUGUCGAGGUCUUUGAGAGCGAAUAUUCCCGCAAAAAGUACUACUAUCUGUGCGGGUACUGCUUCCCCGCACUGGUGGUGGGCAUCUCAGCUGCGAUAGACUACCGGAGCUAUGGGACCAAGAAAGCAUGCUGGCUCCGAGUGGAUAACUACUUCAUCUGGAGCUUCAUUGGGCCCGUUUCAUUUGUUAUUAUGCUCAACCUAAUGUUCCUCAUGGUGACAUUACAUAAGAUGAUUCGUAACUCCUCAGCCCUUAAACCUGACUCUAGUCGUCUGGAUAACAUUAAAUCCUGGGCACUCGGGGCCAUCACCCUGCUCUUCCUCCUGGGGUUGACCUGGGCGUUUGGGCUCCUCUUCAUUAAUGAGAACACAGUGAUCAUGGCCUACCUCUUCACCACCUUCAACGCCUUCCAGGGCAUGUUCAUCUUCAUCUUCCACUGUGCUCUGCAGAAGAAGGUCCAUAAGGAGUACAGUAAGUGUCUGCGUCACUCGUACUGCUGCAGUCGCACAUCUACCAGCAGCUCCCAUGGCUCGCUCAAGAACUCCGGCCUCCGCACCAACAACCGCUACUACAGCGGCAGCCAGGCCCGCCAUGCCGCUGCACAUCGACAGAGCCGGAUUCGUCGGAUGUGGAACGACACGGUCCGGAAGCAGUCGGAGUCUUCGUUCAUGGCGGGGGACAUCAACAGCACCCCGACGCUCAACCGCGCGACUAUGGGCAACCACCUCCUGACGAACCCCGUGCUGCAGACGCGCUCCGGUACAUCCCCAUACAACACGCUGCUGGCGGAGAGCUUCACCCCUCCCUCCCCUGGCGUCUUCAACUCCACCGGAACCUUUCGCGACCCAAAGAGCACGCUGUCCAAAGGUCGCGACCCCUGUGGGAUGGAGACCCUGCCUCUCAAUGGUAACUUCAACAACAGCUACUCCCUGCGCACAGGGCCUGGGGCGGGGGGCAGCUGUGACUUCCUAAGUGCGGACAGGAACAGCCCGCCUUUGCUGAACCCUCGCGGGGCGGAGACUCUGGGGGGAGGGGCCAGGAGAAACCUGACCGAUGCUGCGGCAUUAGAAAAGAUGAUCAUCUCCGAACUAGUGCACAACAAUCUAAGAGGAGGAGGAGGGGGGGAGCAGGGGGACAGGAUAUGUGCUAACAUGAAUCGCCCUCACGCUGGGCUGGGCCGGGGUCCAGUGGAACAGUCUCUGAACCUGGAUGAAGAUGAGGACUUCCUCAGAGAGGGGCACCAGCGCACCCCGCAGGACGUGGAGCUUCUGUACAAGGCUCUAGAGGAACCUCUUUUACUGCAGCAGGCCCAGUCUGUGCUGUACCAGAGCGACGCAGAGGAGUCUGAGAGCUACACGGCCGACCUCACUGAGAGCCUGGGGCACAGUGGGAACAGUGGACAGAGUGGGGCGGGGCAGGGGGGCAGCAGGGGGGCAGACUCCCCUGCUCGUGACUCCCUGUACACCAGCAUCACUAACCUGCGAGACUCGCCCUACCCCGACAGCAGCCCUGAGCCUCUGGAGGUGGUGCCACGCUCUGCACAGCCCCCUGAGGAGCUCUACUACAGCUCGGGACGGCCCGCGCUAGGCUCUCGCGGGGCCCCAAUGCAGACCUUCUAUCAGGCGGCCCCCCGGAGGCCGAGCGGGGAAGGACCCCCUACUCUAGAGCCCCCCCACAGUGAGGGAGACGGACAGAUGCAGCUGGUCACGAGCCUGUGACUGCGGCCAAACAGGAAGCUGGGGACUACUGCGAUGGGCCCGCCUCCUGCCUCGCCUCUCUGAUGUUUGGAUGCCUUUUAUCUUUGACUCUCAUUUACCUAAAGGUGACCUUUAGGGGGCGUUUUUGACCCCCGUCCUGUUGGAGAGGUGUCCGCUCUCCUGUAUGCCCCACUUUCUUGUGGUUCCCUAAGGCCAAGUCCAGCAAUCUGAAUGUACCUGUUACCCCUUUUACCUUCAGAUAUGUAUUUGUUAAGAUUUUUAUGUAAUUUAUCUUCAAACCUGCCUCCAGAGAUGAAAUUAUCAUUUUGUAUUUUCUCCUUUCCUUUUCUUACUGUCCAUAGUUCAUCUGACAGGAGUAGUCAGCUGUGGAGAGAGGCCAUGUAGUACACAAUUGUAACCUACAAAAUCAUGUCACUCAAAAAUCUCUUUAUUGUUGCCAAAAAUAUCUUGUAUUGAGCCAGAACAGAAAGUAGAACUGUCUCAAAUGUGCACACAGCCACUCAUCAGAAGUGCUCAUUAUAAAGAUCAGACACAGGCUCUGGUCUAAGUACAGGGAGGGACAUUUCAGUGCAGUUGCCUUGAUGUUUUUGCUGUGAAUGGAUAAUGAAGGCGGGACUAUGUAAAAAGGGGAGGUAAACAUGGACUCUAAUGUGAGGAGGUUGAAGACGACCCUCCAUAAGACUGGCCUGUCCUCUCCGCUCUGCUCUGGUCUUUGCUUUAGGCAUUUAAAAAUGACUGCAUUGCUAUUGUUUUUUUUAAGAGAGUAUUCCAUUUGUUGACUAUGGGGGGCUGAGAGCGUGUGAUGCUCCCGGACCCUCAGGACUUUUGUGUUCAGCCUAGCCAGUUGGAAGUGGACUUGUUUCUGUGUGUGGUUGUGACAAACCAAAUUCUGAAAUGCCACAGAUGCACUGGUUAUUGGUACAGUAUAACGUGUACAUAGGAGCCACACGAGAAUCUACUUUAUUCCUACCAUGUAAAUAGACACACCAGAGGAUCAAAAGCAACAAAAGCAGCAUAACUUGAGAAAUGAAUUCUUGUAUUUGCAACAAACC